AUGUUCAAACGCAUUCAAUUAAACACGUGGGAUGACCUAGACUUUUUGCAUCGUUUCCGUCUCUCAAAACGCACGACAAUGAUGGUGCUAGAAGAAAUAAAGGAUUUCUUGCCGUGUGAUGAAAGGAGAUCACGCGAAUUACGACCUAUCACGCAAUUGCUAAUUUCAUUAAGGUAUUAUGCGCUUGGAUCUUUUCAACUAGUAAUCGCGGAUUUUUCAGGGGUUUGUAUUACAAGUGUACACGUUGUGUUGAAACGUGUGUCCAAAGCUCUUGCCGAACUUUCCCCACGGUAUAUUCAAAUGCCCCAAACGCAAAACGAGCGCUUGAAAGCAGCUAAAGAAUUUUUUGCAGUGGCAAAGUUCCCUCGCACUAUUGGUGCAAUAGAUUGCACCCAUAUUCGAAUUCAAUCGCCAGGUGGAACAGAUGCAGAAAACUUCAGAAAUCGAAAAGGGUGGUUGAACGUCCAGACGGUGUCUGCAGCUAAUUUAAAAAUUAACGAUAUCGUGGCUCGGUGGCAGGGGUCUGCUCAUGAUCAGCGAAUUUUCAACAUGUCGAGUCUAAAGAAACGGUUUGAAGACGGAGAGUUCGAGCAUUUUAUCCUUGUUGGAGAUUCGGGCUAUACAAAUACCACCUUUCUUGCAACACCAUUUCUCAAUGUCACAAACGCAGUAGAAAACUUGUAUAACGAAUCACAAAUUCGAACUCGCAAUUGUGUGGAACGUUCAUAUGGCUGGCUUGCCAUCGACCAAAACGAAUCGCAACCGCCACCGGAGAUGUAUGAUUUUGCUAAUAUGCUGGCCGCUACAGAUGUUCCUUCAGAUACGCUUUUGGGAUCAGCUUCCGCAACUACUCAUAACGUUCGCGCUCGAUUGGUGCGUUCAUAUUUUCAGCCAAUGUUAGAUAGCUAA